AUGAAUUUGUUAUAUCCAGAAUGUCUUUUUUUACUUUCAGUUGCUAAUUAAUAAAACACUGAAGGUAGCAUUGAAUAAAUGGGUAUUUCAUUAGCUUAGGAAAUCGAAGAGUUUGUAAAAAAAUGGAUUCUUUAAAAUUAAUUAGGUAAAAUUAGUUUUGUAGCACAUUCAUUAGGAGGACUUAUUGUAAGAGCUGCUUUGCCAUAUUUAAAAGAAAAUUAUAAAAGUAAAAUGUAUACUUUUCUCAGUUUUGGUGUACCUCAUUUAGGAUAUUUGAAUCACUAACAUGUUUUAAUUAAUUUCGGAAUGUGGUUUUUGAAAAUAUGGAAAGGUUCUUUAUGUUUAAAAUAACUAAACUUAGGAGAUGAUAAAGAUAUUAGAAAUUGUUUUUUAUAUAAAUUAUCUAAAUUUGAAGGACUCGAAUGGUUCAGAAAUGUUGUUUUAUGUUCAAGUACUUAAGAUUAUUAUGUUCCUUUGGAAUCUGCUAGAAUCGAGAAAAUAUAAAAUGAUAAUGAUAAAAAUAAAAAUAUACACAAUGAAAUGGUUGAUAAUUUACUUAAAAAUAUAUAAAAUUAUAUAAUUUAGAGAUUAGAUAUUAAUUUUGAAAUUACUGAAAGGGGCAUAGAUUAUUUAAUUGGAAGAAAAGCUCAUAUUUUAUUUUUAGAAUUGUAGUCUUUAAUGGUUAUGAUAAUAAAUAAUUUCGAAUACUUGUUUAAAAAUUCUGAUUAUUGA